GGCUAUGCUGGACACUCCUCCCGAGCUACCCCCGCAGCAGCAACAGCAACAGCAACAGCGGGCGGCUACGGGCACGGGUACGGCUGCGGGUACGGGCACGGGUACGGCUGCGGGUACGGGCACGGGGGCAGGUGCAGGUGCAGCGGAAGGAGCCCCAGCUGCUGCCGCUGGUGGUGGCACUGCCGCUGGAAACACUCCCGCCGCCGCCGCCGCCGCCGCCGCGACUACCGCUGCCCCGACGACUGCUGGCAGUGGCCGUGCAAGAGGAGCAGCUCCUGGGGCCCCUGCUGCUGCUGCUGCUGCUGCAGUGGGGGGAGCAGCCGCCGUCGCUCCUUCUCCAAGUCUCCUGAGCGCAGCGGUGCUGACCAGCCAGGUGGCUGCGGUGGCGGCUCAGUUGAAGGCGGUGAGGGCUCAGGGGCGACCCAGCGGGGUAGCGGGUGCUGGUGGGGCUGGUGGCGCUGGUGGCGGUGGUGGCGGCAAGGGUGGUAAUGGUGUUGGCGGCAGCGGUGGGGAGGAGGAGGAGACCUUUCAGUCUGCUGACUCGUCGCCCUCACGAGAUGAUGGCUCGCCGCAGAACCCCCCGGAACCUGCUGCCGCUGCUGCCGCUGCCGCUAGUGGUGCCACUGCCAAGGCGAGUGAUGGUCCCGGUGCAGCAGUUGGGGCCGGUGGUGGCCAGGCUGGGGGCGCGGGCGGGCAGGAAGGCAGCAGGGCUGCUGCUGCCGCUGCGGGACCGUCAGCCGGUGGCGGCGCGGAGGAGGGAGCGGGUCGGGAGGAAGAGGAUAGCAGUGGGGAGGGUGAAGAGGAGGAGGAGGAGGAGGAGGAGGAGGAUGGUGGCAGCGGAGAGGGCGGCGGCAAGGGGCCGGGGAAGCAGGACGGGACAUCCAAGCGGAGUGAGUCCGCUAAAAGCGAGGAAGACGAGGACGGUGAUGGCGAUGUGGUGGAGGUUGAGGAGAGUGAUGACGAGGAGGAGGUAGCGGAGGAGGAGGUAGCGGAGGAGGCGCAGCAGCAGCAGAUGGAGCAGGGGGUCGGGCAGUCGGGUGGUAAGCAGGCAGCCGCUGCCACUGGGCCGUCACCCCCUCGGAGACGUUUGCGCUCUUACUUGGCAGCGGCUGUAGCAGCAGCAGCAGCAGCGCCUGCGGUCCCCAUGCAAGCAGCAGCCACAGCAGGGGGCGGUGCAGGGGUGUCAGGUGCCGGGGUUACAUCAGCAGCAGCAGCCGCACCAGCAGCAGCAGGAGAAGGACCUGGAUCCGGGCCGGGCGGUAGCAUCCCUGACGCUGCUGCCGCCGGAGGUGGGGGGGACGACAGCCAAGACAGCGAUGACGUCCUCAUCACCGGAACCAAACUCGCGCAGGGAGGAGGAUGGGGAGGGGGAGGAGCAGGAGGAGCAUGGGGGCCCGAGCGCGCAGCAGCAGCAGCACCUGCUGCCGCCGCAGCGGGACCCGCUGCAGCGGGGCGGGGACAGCGGGGCCGCGGACGCGGCAGGGGCGGUAAGGCGGCCCGAGCCGACCGCGAUGCUUUGGCUGCCGACGGGGACGAUGCAGGCGAUACCGACUAUCAGCCGCCGUACAAGGUUGCCGUUGCCACGGGAGCAGCUGGCGGCGGCGGGGGUCGUGGAGGCGGCAGGCGGGGUCGCGGUCGGCCCCCCAAGGGCACCGGAGGGGGCAGGGCCGGCCGUGGUGGCGGUGGCGGUGGGGGCAGCACCGUCAGCGGCGGCAGCAUGAAUGAUGAGCAAGCAGCUGCGGCGCUGAUGAUGCUGACGGGAGGGAGCGGACCCGUGCAUGGGUCCGAAUUGGAGCUGCCCCCCUUUGUGGUGCUCGCGGAGUUGCAGCAGAAGCAGCAGCAGCUACAGCAGCUGUUGCAGCAGCAGCAACAGCCGCAUGGGGGGGUGCCUUUCCUACAAGCCCUCAAUGCUCCCAUGCAGGACCCAGCUCAGCAGGCCCUGCAGCAGCAGCUGCUACAGCAACUGCAAGCGCACCUGCAGCAGCAGCACCUGGCAGCAGCAGCUGCUGCGGGAUUGCAGCCCGCAUCUCAACACGUCUCUCCUCCGCCGCCGCAGCGGCAGCCUCCGCAACCCCUAGCUGCAGCUCACGCGACAACGAGCACCGCCACUGCUGCGGCACCUCCACCUCCACCACCACCACCAGCAGUUGCCGCAGGGGCCCCGCUUCCAUCCGUAUCACCACCGCAGCAGCAGCCGCAGCAGGCUCCGCAGCCCGUGCCUGCUGCCAUGCCUGUAGCACCGCCGCCGCCACCCCCUCCUCCGCAACCCUCUCACCCUGCGCCCACCCCCGCCCUGGCCCCGGGAGCUGCUGCUCCCGCUGCUGCUCUCGCUGUUGUGGGCGGGUCACCUGCAGCCGCCGCCACGGUCCCUUCGCCUCCUCCUCCUCCUCAGCCGCCCACUGCUGCUGCCCCUCCUCCUCCUCAGCUGCCCACUGCUGCUCCUCUCCCUCCCCCUCCUGCUCCUGCUCUAUCGCCACCUGCUCCUCCUCCUCCGCCACUACCUGCUCCUCCUCCUCAGCCGCAGCAGCCGAAGCAGCAGCCGCAGGACGGGGGGCUGCUGAGCCUGGGUGAGGCGACUCGGCUGAGUUUCGAGGUGCUGGCCCACGUGGCGUCCUACGUGGACCCGGCAGUGCUGGCGGCGUGGAUGGAGACGGCGCAGGAGGCGCUUGAGCGGUACACCAGUGACCCGGCUGUCCCCGCCAUCCUGACUCCCUGCUUGUGCGGCCUGCUGAAAUCCAAGACCGUCCCUCAAAGCAUGCUGGGGGCCGCAACCAACAUGCUGCGAGGGGCCAUGGGGCUCAAGCCUCCACCGCCAGCAGCAGGAGCUGCGGGGGCUGUGCCGCCUGCGUAGCAGCAGCAGCGGCUGCCGCCCCCGCUGGCGCUGCUCCUGCUGCUGGUGGAGGCCCGGCGGCUUUGCCGGGAUGGGGCGAAACGGCUGGGCUAGCGGUGCAGUGGUAUGGUGAAUUGGGGCUGUGGUUCAGUGUUGGGGCAGUGGUGCAUGGGGGGAGGGCGCUCCACGUGCGUGGGCUUGGAAGGGAUUCAUGCUGCACACCCCGAGGCCUGACGUGCGUGUGAGGACAAGACAAUUGCGUCUGUGCUGACGCGAGCCGCGAGCCAGAUGGAAAGGAGUAGGAGGUUUUCUACGUCUGCAUGUUCUCCGAUGCCUUUUGUCGCUGCUCCUUGGGCGUAGGGGGGGUCGUCUGGGUGUGCUGUGUGAAGUGGAAGGAGGGGGCGUUUGUGGUGGUGCGUCGCGGCAACUUCUAUCGUAUACUGGAUGCAACUGAGUUGCUCUUUUACUGCUCUACUGGUGUUGCUUGGGCUGUGCCUUUCGACAAUUGGCUGCAGGACGCUCGUAUUGGUUCUUGUUAUCUCACGGCUCACGGUUUCCCUGCUGAGAGUUACGGACGGCAGCUGAUGCCCGGGUCGCAGUGAUCUGCGGUGUAACAAUGCCAUCGGGCUUGGCAGGGCGUCCCUGUUUGGCAAAGAAGACGGGAGAACAAAGCGGCAGGCCUGCAUGGCUGCUGCUGAUGACGUUAAGCAGCUUGAAGCAGAGGUGCCGAAACGUAAACAUGCUGAGGGAGU